AUGGCGGAGAUACAGAAGGAGAUGGGGAACGCCUCCAUGAAGGGUGGCGAUGUCGAUGCCGCUGCGGGCAAGUACGCCGAGGGCCUGCGGAUGGCAAAUCUGGUGCUGCAGUUCCACAUCUACCAGCUGCGGCUGACUGGCGACCGCGCGAGCCCGGCGUUCUCGGGGCCGAGCGCAGACAGCACGGUGGUCAGCCAGCUGGAGCAAGGGGCGCUCGUACGCGUUGGGAAUCAGAGCGAAGACGGAGAGUGGAUGCAACUGCAGCGCCCCGAUGGCAGCGGGGAGCUGGUGGAGGCGUGGAUCAAAAUCGAUGGUGAUGGAUGGAAGUGGGAGCAGGUGGUCCCCGAGGAGAUGCAAAGGAAGGCCGAGAAGGUGUGCGUAGCCCUGAACCUCAACCUCGCCCAGGUCUGCCUCAAGCAGCACGACUGGGCUGGAACGGUGGCGCACGCCACCCACGCCCUUGAGCUGGACCCGGACAACUGCAAGGCCCUCUUCAGGCGCGCAGUCGCAUCCGUGAACCUUGUGAGCAAGAAGUGGGUCAUGGGAGCCGUCGGCGACCUGAUGAACGCCAGCCUCAUCGACCCCACGGACCGAGACAUACACGACGCCCUGAAGGCCACCAGGCAGCAGCUGCGGGAGAUUGAGCGGAGCUGGAAGGAGGCGGAGGCAGAGGGCUGGAGCCGGCUGAUGCUGGCCUCCAGGGAGCAGUGCUCCGAGGAAGUGGAGUCCCUCUUGGAGGCCAGAGCCGAGGUGGACGGCUUGGGGCCCGGCGGCGCCACCGCGCUGACGCUCGCGGCGGAGGCUGGCAGCGCCGACCUCGUGGAGCUGCUGCUCGGGGCGCGCGCGUCGGUGGAUCUGCCGGGGGCGGGGGGCGCCACCGCGCUCGCGCUGUGCGCGAUGGCGCGGAGGAGGUGGCCAGCCUGCUGCUGCAGGCCGGCGCCUGCGCCAGCCCCGCGGGCCAGGCAGGCGCGUCGCCCUUGCAGCUCGCCGCGGCGGGCGGCCACCAGCGGCUGGCGGGGCUCCUGCUAG